AUGAUUGCAAACGAAGUUGAUUACUUUAAAAUUCGCAUUAUUCGUCGUGGCAGCGACGAUGGCGCACUUGGAAAAAUACAUCGUCGUCGCUAUCGCGGCUCCACGAUGAAUUCUGAUGAAGACGCUGAGCUUGGGUGCGAGAAUGAACUUUUCAUCGUGAGUCAAGAGGCAGAUCCUUAUUUCAAUAAUGUGGAAAUAUUCUGUGGUAUAACGACUGUACACCGACAGUCGCUGCUUCAAACAAUUACAAUUGGAUACAUUUCGGAGCUUAAAGGAGGAUACUUUGAAUGCGAGUUUAGGUCAAUACCGCAAAGGUGUGACUGCGGUUGGUCCUCAGUAUCGAAGAUUGUUGGAGGUCAUGAGGCGCAGUUACAUGAAUUUCCAUUUAUGGCAGGAAUCGUCAGCUUUAGUUUAAAAAGGAUAAUUUGCGGAGGAUCUAUUAUUUCAGAUAGAUUCACGUUAACCGCAGCGCAUUGCGUAUCAAAUCCCUCUGAAGCCAACAAUAUCGCUCUUGUAAUCGGUGAACAUGAUGUGACAACAGGUAAAGAUACGCCAUACACAAAACUGCAUCUUAUCGACCGAAUUAUCUAUCAUGAGAACUAUAAUAACGUAAGCUGGGAAAAUGAUAUCGCUCUGGUGAGAGUACAGGAGCAAAUGACAUGGUCCAUAGGAGUUGCACCUAUUUGUCUACCAUUCCUUGACAGGUUUCGUAACUUCGCGAAUCAACAGGCUGAAAUUGCAGGUUGGGGAACGACUGAAUUUGGGGGUGUUCUCUCGAAUACCCUCAUGAAGGGAACCGUGCGCAUAUUAUCAAAUGAAUACUGUCAAAAUCAGAUGGAUUUGUGUACUUACGAUGAUGAAGUAGAUUCUUGUCAAGGCGACUCUGGAGGUCCAAUAAUCCUUAAUCGCGAUCGAAUGUUUCUUGUUGGCAUUAUUUCGUUCGGAAAAGGAUGCCCUGGUAUUGGCCAUAAUGUACGGGUCACUUCUUAUUUGGACUGGAUUGUUACCAAUACCGGUCAGGAUUUUUGUAUGAAACCUAUAGGGGUAGGCAAUUAA